AUGGCGGUGGCAGAUGUGAAGUUAAAUUCACCAACUCAAACAAACAGUCAAAGUGUUGUUGUCAAUGUCAAAGACAGAGAUGUUGAAGUGGGGAAACCAUACGAAGACGAAGAUGGUAUAACAAUUGUUCCUGUAAAAGAACCAACAUAUCCUGAAGUUAACAGAGACUUAAGUUCUGUUGCAGAUAUUCGAAACGACUACCAACAACUGAAAGACAAACUUCAAACUCAGGAGAAGAUUUGUCAAGCUUUAAGUAUAAUGUUAAACUUGGUCGAACACAACCCUGUAAAAGUGAACUCAUAUGUCAUUGCACCUCAUGAAGUUUUGAAAGAACUAUUGA